UCGCUAUCCACUGGCGCGCCUAGACAAUCGAGCGAUGCAUCUACGCUCGCUUCCCACAAACCCUACCAAAACCCUAAAAUUUUCUAAAUGGCUGUUCUUCGCGGGAGCGUGGAGCUAGUGAUCCCCAUCUGCGAGAGGCCGGCCUCCAAAUCCACGCCGCUCGCCAAGCUCUUGCGCUGGCGCUCGCAAUCCCGGCACAAGGCGUCGUCGAUCAGUACCGCAUUGUCGGAGCUCGAUGGCGGGCCGGAUUCCAGCGAGCUCCUCACGGAGCUGGAGUGGCUGCUGGAUGACGCUGUGGAGAGUUGCGUGAUCCACAGGCCGGAGAAGAGGAAGAUCCAGGGAUGGAGGCGCCUCAAAUCCGCGCUGGAGCUGGAAGAAUGCGGCCGCGGCGACCGCGAUGAUCUUGAUCAAGAGCGCAACGAUACCCUAGCCGGCCAUGGCGAAAUAUUUCUUCGCGCGAGCUUGGAGGAGCUAGAACAGGGAUGGAAGGAGAGGAUCGAUCGCCGGCGGCCAUUCCAGUACGUGACAGGGAGCUCGCAUUGGCGGGAUCUGGUGCUUGGCGUCCAGGAGGGAGUGCUGAUCCCAAGGCCAGAGACCAAGCAGCUGAUCGACCUCGCGGCGGCCGCCAUGGAUGGAAAUUCCGAGCUCGCGCGAGGGGUUUGGGUUGAUCUUGGGACUGGCAGCGGCGCAAUCGCGAUUGGAAUCGCUCGGCUUCUCGAUGGGAGGGGAUCGGUGAUCGCUGUGGAUGCCAGUGAGGUCGCGAUCGCGGUGGCCGAGGCCAAUGCUCGACGCUACAAGCUUCAGGAAGCUGUGACUCUUGUCAAGGGCUCCUGGUUGACGCCUUUGCGCGACGAAGCUGGAAAGCUCUCCGGGAUCGUGAGCAACCCGCCAUACAUUCCGUCCAGGAACCUCGGGAGAUUGCAAGCCGAGGUUGGAAAGCACGAGCCAAUAUGCGCUCUGGAUGGUGGCGUCGAUGGAAUCGACCACCUUGCGGAAAUCUGCCAAGGAGCUUGCUGGGCUCUCAAGUCCGGUGGUUUUCUAGCGCUCGAGACCGAUGGUGGCGAGCAAGCGCAAACCGUCGCAAAGAUCCUGUCCGACAAGCCUUUCGAAGACAUCAAAGUUGUGAAAGAUUUCGCUGAGAUGUCUCGGUUUGUCACUGCGUUUCAUACGUAACUCUAGCUUUUGAUCCC